GUGCAAACUCUCUGAAGUCUCCACUCUUAACCCUGUUUCGUCGGGUUUAGAUUAUUUAUUUUCUUUUCUCUUCUCUCUUCUCCAGAGUGAUACACGAAGAAGUGGAAGAAAAGAGUCUGAGACUUCCGUAGGAAAACCUUCUUUCGACAUCCCCAGAUAGGUUUCUUUUACGAAAAAGAUCAGUCAGGGAGGAAGCAGAGCCUGAACAGAAGAACGCACUCCUGAGGAAACAUGGUUUCGGACGCGAGUAAGAAGAAGGCAGCCCAAAAGAAAGCUGCUGCAGCUGCCAAGAGAGGUGGAAAAGUUGCUGGACCAUCGAAGGCGGCGGCUUCUGCUGCAGAUACCCAGAAUGGCGGGCGAGUCGACAAGCUAGCCAAUGGAGUCGGCUCCAUUCAGAUAUCCGAUAGGACUUGCACCGGUGUGCUAUGUUCUCAUCCUCUGUCUAGAGAUAUUCGUAUAGAGUCCUUAUCAGUUACCUUCCAUGGUCACGAUCUCAUUGUGGAUUCUGAGCUGGAACUUAAUUUUGGCAGGCGCUAUGGAUUACUUGGUUUGAACGGCUGUGGGAAAUCUACCCUCCUUGCAGCAAUUGGGAACCGAGAACUUCCUAUUCCAGAACAUAUGGAUAUCUAUCACCUCACUAGGGAGAUUGAAGCUUCUGACAUGACUGCUCUGGAGGCUGUAAUAAGCUGUGAUGAGGAGAGGCUGAAAUUGGAAAAAGAAGCUGAAGCCCUUGCAGCAGAGGAUGGAGGUGGUGGAGAUACAUUAGAGCGCAUUUAUGAGCGUUUGGAAGCCUUGGAUGCAUCAACUGCAGAGAAACGUGCUGCUGAGAUCUUGUAUGGUCUUGGUUUCAACAAAAUGAUGCAAGCUAAGAAAACUCAAGAUUUCUCAGGUGGCUGGAGAAUGAGGAUUGGUUUAGCACGGGCCCUGUUCAUGAACCCAACUAUCCUUUUGCUUGAUGAACCCACAAACCAUCUAGAUUUAGAGGCUUGUGUUUGGUUGGAAGAGACAUUGAAGAGAUUUGAACGCAUCUUGGUUGUGGUAUCACACUCCCAGGACUUCCUGAAUGGUGUCUGCACAAACAUCAUCCAUAUGCAGAACAAGAAGCUGAAGAUCUAUACUGGUAAUUAUGACCAGUAUGUUCAGACUCGUUCGGAACUUGAGGAGAACCAAAUGAAGCAAUACAAGUGGGAACAGGAACAAAUUUCAUCAAUGAAAGAGUACAUUGCGCGGUUUGGGCAUGGGUCUGCUAAGCUGGCACGGCAAGCACAGAGCAAGGAGAAGACACUGGCAAAGAUGGAGCGGGGUGGUCUCACAGAGAAGGUGGUAAGGGACAAGGUACUAGUAUUCCGUUUUACCGAUGUGGGGAAGCUACCUCCACCAGUGCUUCAGUUUGUGGAGGUUACCUUUGGCUACACACCUGACAAUCUGAUCUACAAGAAAAUUGACUUUGGAGUGGAUCUUGAUUCAAGAAUAGCUCUGGUGGGACCAAAUGGGGCUGGGAAGAGCACAUUGUUGAAGCUGAUGACGGGGGAGCUGGUUCCUCUUGAUGGCAUGGUUAGGCGGCACAACCACCUCAAAAUUGCGCAGUUCCAUCAACACUUGGCGGAGAAGCUGGAUAUGGAGAUGUCUGCUCUUCAGUUCAUGAUUAAGGAAUAUCCCGGCAAUGAGGAGGAGAGGAUGAGAGCUGCUAUUGGUAGGUUUGGUCUGACGGGGAAAGCGCAGGUGAUGCCAAUGAAGAAUCUCUCGGAUGGCCAGAGGAGCCGGGUGAUAUUUGCAUGGUUGGCAUGGAGGCAGCCACACUUGCUGCUGCUGGAUGAGCCAACCAACCAUUUGGACAUUGAGACGAUCGACUCGCUGGCAGAGGCACUGAAUGAGUGGGAUGGGGGUAUGGUUCUGGUCAGCCAUGACUUCAGACUUAUCAACCAGGUAGCAGAAGAGAUAUGGGUAUGUGAGAACCAGGCUGUGACCCGCUGGGAGGGUGAUAUCAUGGAUUUUAAGGAGCACCUCAGGAGCAAGGCUGGUCUAUCUGAUUGAGAGGGGUAGAGAAAUAGGCUCUCGGGGAUGGCAUUCCCUUGAGAUAAUAUAGUACUUAUAAUUCUGGUUUAUGGGAUCUAAUAUUAUAGCCUAGGAUCUAUGAUAUAUCUUUAUCUGGUGGAUGUCUCUCUUAAAAUUCGAAGAUGAUGAGAUCAAAGAAGCAGAGCAGUAAAUUUGAGGCUGGUGGUGUUUAUAGAGUCGGUGGCAGUCAAAUUGCUUGCCUGGGUUAGGAGAUGCUAUGGUAAGACCAUCUUUGUUUGUUGUAGAUGGUUGAUUAAAGCAUAUAUUACAAGAGUGCUGUUACCGGCGUCGUGUUUUCUAUUUUGAUUCUCGAGUUGUACGUGAACAAUAAUUGAGACCAGUUAGACUAAACUCCUUGGGAUUUGCUA